AUGGUAGAACUCAUUCCAGAAAGCAUUCCCGACUCCUCGUCAUGGGCAGAUGCUCUUCCACAACCGCAGGGGUUAUAUCUUCCAGAUAUGGAAAAAGAUGCAUGUGGUGUUGGGUUUAUCUGCCACAUUAAAGGCUCUGCUCACCACUCCAUCAUCAGCGAUGCUCGUGGUAUUUUAUGUAGUAUGGCUCAUCGAGGUGCUGUGGGUGCCGAUGCAAGAGAUGGUGAUGGUGCUGGACUCAUGUGUUCUAUUCCUCACUCGUUUUUCGCUCAUCAGGUACGAGUCUUGUCAACUCCAGAUAGCAGCGGAUCUACUCAAGCAACCGCCAGCUAUUCCCAUCCUGCCCGGCUUCGGCAUUUAGCCAGCACGGACUUUGACCACGAACACGAUGAUAUUGGACCCAUUCAUGUCAACACCACUGGGACCAUCGAGCUGCCUUCUCCUGGCCAGUAUGCUGUUGGAAAUGUCUUCUUCUCUCCUGAUGAUCGUACUUGCAGACAGGGUAUUGCCCAGUUUGAGCAGAUUGCUCGAGAUCUUGGCCUGAUCGUCCUGUGCUGGAGAUCUGUUCCUAGAAACUCUCAGAUUUUGGGUCCUGUUGCUCGAUCAAAAGAGCCCACUAUUCUACAGCCAUUUGUAGUGCUUGCCGACGAUCCGCUCUCUCCAAACACUUCGUUUCGCCAGCCCAAGAUCUCUACUGUCGAUUCCGCUCUGGAUGAUGACGCUCUUUUUGCACGCCAACUUUAUCUUCUCAGAAAAAACGCUACGCAUGCUAUUUCCCAACGCAAAUCAUUCUAUAUCUGCUCCUUGUCUACAAAAAACAUUGUCUACAAGGGUUUACUGGCUCCUUCUCAAGUAUAUCCAUAUUUCACUGAUCUUGCUGACCCCUUGUUUGCCUCGUAUUUUUGCUUGGUUCAUUCAAGAUUCUCCACCAACACGUUUCCCUCUUGGGAUCGUGCUCAACCCAUGCGUCUGUGUGCCCACAACGGUGAAAUCAACACUCUCAGAGGAAAUAAAAAUUGGAUGCGUGCUCGCGAGGGCAUCAUCAGAUCUAAACGCUUUGGCUCUCAGCUUGAAUCGCUCUACCCAAUUGUUGAAGAAGGUGGCUCUGACUCGGCUGCAUUUGAUAAUGUGUUGGAACUACUGGUCAUGAAUGGCGUACUGACCCUCCCUGAAGCCGUCAUGGUAAUGAUUCCAGAAGCUUGGCAAAAUCAACCUGAUAUGCCUCCGGAAAAACGUGCGUUUUAUCAAUGGGCCGCAUGUCUAAUGGAACCUUGGGAUGGUCCUGCACUUUUUACAUUUAGCGAUGGUCGUUAUGUGGGUGCGUCGUUGGAUCGCAAUGGUCUUCGUCCGUGUAGAUUCUACAUCACCAACCAAGACAUUAUGAUCUGCGCAUCGGAAGUCGGCACAAUUCCUGUCGAUCCCGAAACGAUUGUCAGCAAAGGUCGACUACAACCAGGAAAGAUGCUUCUUGUAGAUACUGUUGAAGGUCGAGUUGUAGAAGAUACAGAGCUAAAAAAUACCAUAGGCAGUAAACGUGAUUUUGCCAAGUGGGUGCGCGACUACACUAUUAAUAUGGCAGACAUCAGUCUAUGGGCUAAUCAAGGUGGAAUCAAGCGUACCCAUCGUUUAGAUGAAACCACUGUAACACAGGAUAAGCGCAUGUUGGCUUUUAAUUUCACACUUGAACAGUUGACAACAAUAGUAUCAAUCAUGGCAAUAGACGGAAAAGAACCUCUUGGAUCCAUGGGAAUCGAUACACCUCUUGCAUGUCUAUCGCACAAUCCCUGCACAAUCUAUCAAUACUUUAGACAGCUUUUUGCUCAGGUUACAAAUCCACCCAUCGAUCCCAUCCGCGAGGAUAUUGUCAUGUCUCUGUCAUGCUAUAUUGGACCUCAGGGCAACAUUUUAGAGUUGGAUCCAACUCAGUGUCAUCGUAUCCGACUUUUAUCGCCACUACUGUCAAUUGAAAAUAUGGAAGAAAUUAAAGGAUUGCAGGCUUAUAAACCCAACUGGCCCGUUACUAUCAUUGACAUUACGUUUGAAAAGCAAGAGGGAGUUGCUGGCUACAUGCGUGCUCUUGACCGUUUCUGUGCUCAAGUUUCUCUUGCUAUUCAAGAAGGUGUUAAAAUUGUGGUUUUGUCUGAUACAUUUGUUGCUGUGGAUAGAGUCCCGGUUUCAGCUCUAAUUGCUCUUGGUGCAGUACAUCACCAUCUCAUUCGCAACAAACAGCGUUCCAAAAUUGCUUUGGUGGUAGAAACAGGCGAGGCACGCGAAGUUCACCAUUUCUGUGUGCUGCUGGGGUACGGCGCUGAUGCGAUUUGUCCCUAUCUAGCACUCGAGUCUGUGCAUAAACUCGCUCGUGAUGGACUUCUUGCCAUGAAUGGAAAAUCGCUUAAUGGUAUCACACCAGAAAAGUUGACAUAUAAUUUUAUUAAAGCGAGCAACGAUGGCAUCAAAAAAGUCAUGAGCAAAAUGGGAAUUUCCACUUUGCAAAGCUAUAAAGGAGCUCAGAUUUUUGAAGCAUUGGGUAUUGAUCGACCAGUGAUUACCAAGUGCUUUUCAGGAACAGCAUCACGUAUCAUGGGUGUUGGGUUCCGUAUUCUUGCGCUAGAUGCCUUGACAUUUCAUGAUAAAGCAUAUCCACCUCGCGACACUGUAUGCCUUGAAUCUCUUCCAGAAACUGGCGAAUAUCAUUGGCGUCAAGGUGGUGAAUCACACAUCAAUGAUCCGGUUUCGAUUGCAUCAUUGCAAGACGCCGUUCGAUCAGAUUCGCAAACUGCAUACGAGAAAUUUGCUCAGCAGGCCCAUAAUCAAAUUAAAAACUGUACACUUCGGGGACUUCUUGAUUUCAAUUUCGGUAAAGCCAAGCCAGUUCCAAUUGAAUUGGUUGAGCCUUGGACUAGUAUUGUCAAGCGGUUUUGUACUGGAGCCAUGUCCUAUGGAUCAAUUUCUAUGGAAGCUCAUUCUGCUUUGGCCAUUGCUAUGAAUCGGAUGGGUGGAAAAAGCAACACGGGAGAAGGAGGCGAAGAUCCCAUUCGGUCAGUUCCACUCAAAAAUGGCGACCUAAUGCGCUCGGCAAUUAAACAGGUUGCCUCGGGACGAUUUGGUGUCACCAGUUACUACCUAUCCGAUUCAGACGAGUUACAGAUUAAAAUGGCUCAAGGGGCUAAACCUGGCGAAGGUGGUGAGCUUCCAGGAUAUAAAGUAUCUCAAGGAAUCGCUUCCACAAGAAAGUCUACCCCUGGUGUUGGAUUGAUUUCUCCACCGCCGCAUCACGACAUUUACUCGAUUGAGGACUUGAAGCAGCUGAUUUUUGAUUUGGGAAAUGCCAAUCCAGUUGCACGGAUUUCAGUUAAACUGGUGUCAGAAGUCGGCGUGGGUAUCAUUGCUUCAGGUGUAGCUAAAGCCAAUGCAGAGCAUAUUUUGAUCUCGGGUCAUGAUGGAGGUACAGGAGCAAGUCGACUCACUGGAAUCAAAUAUGCUGGUUUGCCAUGGGAGUUGGGAUUGGCUGAAACACAUCAAACAUUGGUAUUGAAUGAUCUUCGUGGUAGAGUAACGCUUCAAACAGAUGGGCAAAUCAAAACAGGUCGCGAUGUUGUCAUUGCUUGUAUGCUUGGUGCUGAAGAAUGGGGCUUUGCUACAACUCCACUUAUUGCCAUGGGCUGCACAAUGAUGCGCAAAUGCCAUCUCAACACCUGUCCAGUCGGUGUUGCCACUCAAGAUCCAGAUCUUCGCAAAAAAUUCGUUGGCACGCCUGAACAUGUUGUCAACUAUUUCCAUUUUGUAGCGGAGCAUUGUCGUAGCAUCAUGGCUCAACUUGGGUUUCUUACCAUUGAUGAAAUGGUUGGAAGAGCAGAUAUGUUGAUAGUGAAUGAUAAUCUUCGAAAUCCAAAAACGGCAAACUUGGAUUUAUCUUCAGUGCUGACACCAGCUUUUGAGUUGCGACCUGGAGCUGCUACACAUCGUGUGCAUGACGCAGUGAAACCUCCGCAACCACCUUGUUUAGAUUCAAGAUUUAUUGAGCAGGCUCAACCCGCACUAAUCAAACGUCAACGUACAGUAUUGACUGCAAAUGUAAUCAAUACCGACCGUACAAUUGGCACAACUUUAUCAUACCACGUUUCUCGUAUAUUCGGAGAAGUAGGACUUCCAGAUGCUUCAAUUCAUAUAAAACUGCAAGGUUCAGCUGGCCAAUCUCUUGGUGCUUUUCUUGCUCCAGGAAUUCUACUCGAGCUCGAAGGCGAUGCUAAUGACUAUGUAGGAAAAGGUCUUUCUGGUGGACAUAUUAUUGUCUAUCCACCCAAACAAUCCAUUUUUUCACCUGAAUCCAACAUCAUUGUGGGAAAUGUGUGUUUAUACGGUGCGACAAGUGGAAAAGCAUUUUUCAGCGGUGUUGCCGCCGAAAGAUUCGGUGUACGAAAUUCGGGUGCCAUAGCUGUUGUUGAAGGUGUUGGUGACCAUGGAUGCGAGUAUAUGACUGGUGGAAGGGUUGUUGUGCUAGGUGAUACAGGUCGGAAUUUUGCUGCUGGCAUGUCUGGCGGUAUUGCUUACAUUCUCGACACCAAAAAAGCAUUUAAAUCCAAAUGCAAUGGCGAGAUGGUGGAUCUUGAGGCUGUAGAUGGGACGGAAGAAGCUCAAUGGCUCAAAACCAUCAUUUCCGAGCACCACAAGCUAACUGGAUCACACAUUGCUAAACGAUGUCUGGAUACAUGGGAAAAAGUGUUGCCUUUAUUUGUUAAAGUCAUGCCAAGAGAUUAUCGCGCAGUGUUAAUGAAGCAGGCUCAAGCUACCUCGCUGUCGAGUACCAAAACCGUUUCCCUUCCAUCGUUGCCCUCCAAAGUGAGUAACGAACCUGCUGUAGGUGACAUUGAAGAUGGCGUUUUAGAUGAAACUGCUGCGGUAAAGAAAUCUCAAGUGAUUGACAAGGUUCGCGGAUUUAUCAAGUAUCAACGACAGAGUGACACGUAUCGACAUCCUGAAAAACGAUCCAAGGACUGGAAAGAAGUGAAUGCUCGUCUAUCUACUAAAGAAUUAAAGGUUCAAGCAGCUCGCUGCAUGGAUUGCGGUGUUCCUUUUUGUCAAUCUGAUAUGGGUUGUCCGAUUGGCAACAUUAUUCCAAAAUGGAAUGAUCUUGUUUACAAAGACCAAUGGCGUGCAGCCUUGGAUCGUCUUCUUAUGACCAACAAUUUUCCAGAAUUUACUGGGCGAGUAUGCCCUGCUCCAUGUGAAGGAGCUUGCGUUUUGGGUAUAAACGAGCUUCCUGUUUCCAUCAAAAGCAUUGAAUGUGCUAUUAUUGAUUACGCUUUUGAACAAGGUUGGAUGGUGCCUAACCCACCACAAACCAGGACGGGAAAACGUGUGGCAAUUGUGGGUAGCGGUCCUGCAGGGUUAGCAGCUGCUGAUCAACUCAACAAAGCGGGCCAUACUGUGACGGUUUAUGAUCGCAACGACAGAUUUGGUGGACUGUUGAUGUACGGUAUUCCCAAUAUGAAAUUGGAUAAAAGUAUUGUACAGCGACGAGUGGAUCUACUGGCUGCAGAAGGUGUAACGUUUAUUCCCAAUGCGCAUGUUGGAAAACGAAUUUCGCCCAACGAGAUCAAGCAAGCAAACGAUGUCAUGUUGUUGGCUGUGGGUGCUACAUGGCCUCGAGAUCUGCCCAUCAAAAACAGGAAUUUAGAUGGCAUUCACUUUGCAAUGGAGUUUUUGCAACGCAAUACAAAGUCGUUGAUGGAUUCGUCACUAAAGGACGGUACUUAUUUGAGCGCCAAGGGCAAGGACGUGAUUGUUAUUGGUGGUGGCGCCAAAUCCAUUGUCAACUUUGAACUCAUGCCUCAACCUCCAGAAACACGCAACAAAUCCAAUCCAUGGCCCGAAUACCCUCGAGUAUUCAGAGUCGAUUAUGGCCAUGCUGAAGCGGCAACCAUUUUUGGUAAAGAUCCACGUCAAUACUGUAUUCUUUCCAAAGAGUUUGUUUCGGAUGGUUCUGGUCAUGUUAAAGGGAUCAACACGAUACGUGUUGAAUGGACAAGAACAGAUCAAGGUGGAUGGAAAAUGGGCGAGGUUCCUGGCUCUGAGCAGUUUUUCCCAGCCGAUAUGGUGUUGCUGAGUAUGGGAUUUCUUGGACCGGAAAAGGAACUGAUUCAGCAGUUGCAAGUCAAACAAGACAUGCGAUCAAACAUUGUUACAAUGGCUUUAGGUGAUGACCACGGAUCUACUCUACCAGGAGGAAAUGCUCCCAUGUCUGCAUUAGGUGGUACGUAUGCAACAAGCGUUCCUGGAGUGUUUGCUGCUGGAGACUGUAGAAGAGGGCAAUCGCUUAUUGUUUGGGGGAUCAAUGAAGGUCGACAGGCUGCAAGACAAAUCGAUCUACAUUUGAUGGGUAAUACGCGACUGCCAGUAACGGGAGGAAUUGAGAAACGGGAAGUGGAGCGACUCAAAGCACUCCAAGCGCAUCCAGUUGUUGCUGGAGCUGGUUUAAACAUGAGCGUUCAUGGCUAAUACGAUCUUUUCAAACUAUCCACACAUAUCUGUCACUUGGCAUACAAGCUGCAUUGGCCUGGUGCUUCAAAACUAAAACCAAAUAAAACCACUUUAGCCUUGAC